GUGAAACACAAAUAUGAGCCCAAAAUGUUUAAAAACAAUGAUUUAUCUAAUUAUCAUAUAUUUGACAUUAUUUGCCCAUGUUUACGAUGCGUUCAAAUUUUUUCAGGGAGGACUCAGUUGAUGUGGUGGACAAUAUUCACCGAAGGGUUAGGCGACAAAACAGUGACUCUAAGCCUGAAUCCAGGGAACGAGUCAUAAGUAGUCCGAAGAGGAUUUCCACACGAAAUGAUGUUAAUCUCCGGAAAGACAUAUUGGAGUCCAUAUCCAGUCGCGUGGAAACCGAGUCCAAAGAGUUGACAACAAGAAGGCGAGACAUAUCAUCCUCUGGCGAUCGGAACUCCAAUUCCAAGAAUUCCAGUUUAGCUCAAAAAGAGUCUAAACCAACGGAUACGAGCAGAAGAACCGCCAAAACAACUGAUUUUAAAUGCGGCGGAAGUUUCACAGUCUAUAUCAGCGAAGAGAUAACCAGUCCUUUGUAUCCAUCGAAAUAUCCACCAAAUGUCGACUGCAGAUGGAAUAUAAGCGCACAAAAGGGUCAAACCAUCAAAAUCGAGAUCUUUCGGCUCAACAUCGAGACCAACGAUGCAAACUGCAAGUUUGAUUACCUCGACAUCAAAGGUGUCCGCAGACUGUGCGGCAAAGUCACCGAAUCGGUGAUCCCGGUUAACACGUCUAGUGUGGAACUCCGGUUCCGUUCGGAUGCCAACAACGAGGACUUUGGCUUUCAUCUGAGGAUUGUCACCGAAUCCGUGGACUGUGUCCGAGAGCUCAAUGUCACGAACUUUGUGUUCGUCACGUCUCCUAAAUAUCCCAACAAUUAUGAGGACUCGACUGAUUGCUGGACAUUAAUCCGCGCCGAGAGAGACACCACUUUGACCAUCACUUUCGAGACACUUCUCUUAGAGCACGACAGUCACUGCGCCUACGAUUAUCUCGAAGUCUUUGACUCGUCGACAGCCAAUAAAUCGUUGGGUAAGUUCUGCGAAAAGCCAGAGGGGGUCACCUUCUCGAUGAUAUCCUCGGGAAAUGUGAUACUUCUUCACUUCCAUUCGGACCAAUUACUCAAUAAUAAGGGCUUUCGGGCCGAAGUGUCCACAUCUAAGUCCGCAAACAGUAAUUUUGGCUGUAAUUGGAAAGUCAAUUGGAGUAAUAUGACCCUCGAUAGUCCCAAUUUCCCCGAUAAUUAUCUGCCAAAUCUGAACUGUGAAAUGUCUAUAUCUUCGCCAUCUGAUGAUGAAAGAGUGGUCAUAGUGUUUGAUUGGAUCCAUUUGGAGGCGGGAUCUAAGUGUGAGAACAACGACAGACUCGAGAUAUGGGAGGACGAGAGGGCGGCCACUCGUGUCAUAUGCGGCCGUUAUUCACAACCAUUCAAAUAUGUGGCCAAAAACAGGACAAUUAAACUGAAGUUUAUUUCCGACAACUUCGCUGAGUUUCCCGGAUUUACAUCGAGACUCACUUAUCUGAACGAACGAAACCCUGAGUCCCGGACCAUCACCUCAAAGUUUAUUUCCGACAACUUCGCUGAGUUUCCCGGAUUUACAUCGAGACUGACUUAUCUGAACGAACGAAACCCUGAGUCCCGGACCAUCACCUCAAAGGUGUUCCGAACGCCAGAAAAUGCAACCGUUAUUAUCGGUUCCACUCAUGUCUUGCAUUGCGAGCCACUGACCAACGAUCCCAUCACUUGGUUCAAGAAUGACAAACAAAUCACAACUGGUAUCGCACCCAAUGGCAAGACGCUCAUCAUAAAGGAGUUCACGACCGCAUCGGAGGGCAGAUAUAUCUGUAAAUUUGGCAAAGAGUACAGAGAGGGGUGGCUGAGCGCCAGGAAAACUACCUGUCCGUCAGUUAUAUUCCGGAAGCGACCCAAAGACCAGAGUGUGAGCGAAGGAGACUUCGUGGUCCUCGAGUGCAAUGUCGUCGACUCGAGGAAUGCCGUCAAAUGGGAAAAGGAUGGCCGAAGUCUGGCCAACAUAUCGCGAGUGAAUCAGUUACACAACGGCUAUCUAUUGCUGGAUCCGGCGAUGAGCGAGGAUUCGGGCAUUUAUUACUGUAUAGCAAACCCCGACUCAGCCGACUGUGCCGUCAAGUCAGGCGCCAGAGUUAGUGUCAACCGACGGGUUAAUGUCAACAAUAUUUGCGGUAUUUCUCACUCAAACCAACCAAACCCUGACGUCUCGAAGAUUAUCGGCGGAACGGAAGCCACGAAAGCCGCCUUUCCCUGGCACGUCAUGUUCUGGGACUACAGACGGAAGGCCUUUUGCGGUGGUCCCUGGCACGUCAUGUUCUGGGACUACAGACGGAAGGCCUUUUGCGGUGGUGUCAACUCUGAAUUGCAGGCACUUCUGAACGAGCGAUGGGUGGUAACGGCGGCCCAUUGUUUCGAGACGGGCUCGGAGUCAGCGAUUGAAGUAAAACUCGGAAAAUUCGACCAAACGGUGAUCGAAGAGACGGAAUUUGUGGCUAAAAUCGCGGAAGUGAUUCGUCACCCGGACUUCAGUCGCGACACUUUCGACAACGACAUAGCGUUGGUGCGACUGUCGCAACACAUCUCAUUCACGCCAAGCAUUGUCCCCAUUUGUCUCGUCGACAAACGCGAGCGCCGGGCGACCGACGAGUUCUUCUUGAAGCCCAACAGCGCCCUACGCAUCGGACACGUGACCGGUUGGGGCCAACUCAAGGAGAACGGCCCUCAGCCCCGAUUCCUACAGGAACUACGGGUGCCGAUCGUCGAAGAAGGCAAAUGCCGGUCAUCGACGGCCUUCAAAGUGACGGCUAAUAUGUUUUGCGCGGGUUAUGGGAAGGAGGUGUUGGGCGACGCCUGUAAGGGCGACUCCGGCGGCCCUUUCGUCGUGCCGUAUAAGUCGCGAUGGAUUAUGUUAGGCGUCGUGUCGUGGGGGGAGGGGUGCGGCCGGAGCGGCAAAUUUGGUUUCUAUACUAAAGUUAACAACUAUUUGGAUUGGAUUAACGCUAUCAUCAAAUUGUGA